CUUCGACAUGGUCAACGUGGAGACACUCGCACGAUUCGAGAAGGACGUGAAGCAAACCGACACUGGGUUCCUGGCGAUAGCAACAGAGGCGGAGAACGAUAGGGAAAAAACCUCGGAACCUGCAGGGAAGAUCAAGGAAUUACUUAAGGAGUUCCAAGAUGUUCUUCCUGACGAUCUUCGGAACGAGCUACCGCCAUACCGAACGCAUCAACACGAGAUCGUGGAGGAACCGGGUUCGAAGCCGACCUUCCGAGCACCAUAUCGGCUCAGCCCUACGGAGCUGGCUGACAUGAAAAAACAAAUCGAGUAUCUCGUAGCCAAAGGACUCAUCCGACCAUCCACUUCACCAUACGGUGCCCCAGUACUCUUCACACCGAAACCGGACGGAAGCCUGCGCAUGUGCAUCGACUACCGAGCUCUUAACAAGCAGACCAUCAAGAAUAAAUAUCCAAUACCGCGAAUCGAUGACCUGCUUGACCAGCUACGGCUUCGAUUUUCUUGAGUUGAGAAAAUCGAAGACACCCGA